AUCGACAGGCUAAUCGUAUCAUAUUACACAUGCCCUUGAAAUGAUUUAACAGCAGGAGGAGGGCAACACAAGGGAGCUGGGGUUGAACCCCACCUGACGCUAACUCCAUUAACAUCCCCCCUCCUCACCCCACCCCACCACAUCAUGUUCCCACGUUGACUUAUGAAAUGAAGAGCACAUCUGGUCCAUUCUGCUCCAGUGGGAAACGCUCGCGCUCAAGUCGCUCGGCUCCGCUACAAGCUGCAGUUUACUUCCAAAAAUCGCACUCCCACAACUGACGCCCACAAAACUCCUCAAGAUAAAACGGCAUAUAUUUGGAGAGCUCAUUUCUACUGCGCCGCUGCCGAUGCCUGGACUGAAUUCUUCUAAAAUUAAGCCAGCCCCGCGCUGUAGUCAGUGCAUGUUCCCAACCUCUGUCUCUCUCCUACCUGUUUCGGAGGUUUUAUAGAGAAUCCUAAACUGGCAAGAUUUUGUGAUCCACAUGAUUACAUUGUGAUCAUGAACAAAAGCGGCGGAGGGUCGGCUCAGUUAUCGGCGAUCGGUGACUCGCACACAACAGACAACUGGAUCUGGCAAGCAAGACAUUUCGCGGAGCCCACCGCGGCGAAGAAGAGCGCAGAAGUGAGAGAACUGAUACAAGCCGUUUCUACUCAAAGACGGCUUGAUGAAUCUAGCAAUGUAUUCAUAAUACACUGCUAGGCCAGUUUUACUGCAUCCAUUAUGAAUCACACUUCACAUUUGAUGGACACAGCCAAAACGGGUGGAAAUUUUCUUUCAAGCCUUGGCCCCUCCCCAGACAGAAUGCGCUCUCCGGACAGUAUCACCACUGCUAGCCCAAAAGAUGGAACCCCAAAUUCCAGCCCACCUCUCCUCAUGUCCCCUGGGUUGUGCAGUGGGGAUGGAGGAGAUUGGGAAAGCAGAGAGGAGCUGCGCUUCCGUGAGCUGGAGGAGGCACGUGCUCGGGCUGCUCAGAUGGAAAAAACGAUGCGUUGGUGGUCUGACUGUACAGCCAAUUGGAGGGAGAAGUGGAGCAAAGUGCGUGCAGAGCGGAACAAGGCCCGGGAUGAGGUGAGGCAACUGCGACAGAGGCUGGACACUCUGACCAAAGAGCUAACUGCUGUGCGCCGUGAACGACAGGAGCUGUCCAAUGAGAAUGAGCAGCUGAGACAGGAAGUUGGCCGUCUCCGGUCAGAUAGAAACACUCUAGGAAAUGUCCAGUCUUCCCCCACCAUGGACAACAAGCUGGCUGCUGAGAGGGAACGAGAGAAUGAGGCCUUGGUAUCUCCAGAUCAAGAACCUGUCAGGGACCUGGGUUCAGAGAAGCCUGACAAGAACAAGGAGAUGGAGCUGUUGGAGUGUAUAUUGCGUUCAAAAGUGACUGAGGGUCCAGAAACCUGGGAUGGACGCAGUGCUGGUAGCCUUCGCUCUGCACUUAAUCGUCAGGACCGCAACCGGCUACAUUGGGAUGAUGUGACAAUCAUUGAGGAGGAUACCAGCAAAGUGACUGCCCUCCAGCUGCGCCUGGAUGAAUCACAGAAAGUUCUUUUGAAGGAACGAGAAGAUAAACUGAGUUUGAGCAAAAACAUCGAAAAGCUGGAAGCAGAUCUCAGCCAGUGGAAACUCAAGUAUGAGGAGCUAAACAAGUCUAAGCAAGAAGCAAUCAAGCAGCUAAAUUUGCUGAAAGAGGUCCACCAAGAUGAACUUGGGCGCAUCUCUGAAGAUCUUGAAGAUGAGCUUGGCGCCCGCUCCAGCAUGGACAAGAAGUUGGCAGAGCUGCGUAGUGAGAUGGAACGACUGCAGGCAGAAAAUGCUGCGGAGUGGGGCCGACGAGAGCGUCUGGAGACAGAGAAAUUGGCACUGGAACGUGACAAUAAGAAGCUGCGUGCACAGAUUGAGGAUCUGGAGGAGCAGCUGACCCGUAAGCGCAGGCAGGCAGCCAGCGCUCUUGACACUGACCUCAAGUCCAUACAAAGUGAACUCUUUGAAAGGAACAAGGAGCUGGCAGACAUGCGCCACAUCCACUCGAAGGUCAAGAAACAAUACCAAGAAAAAAUGGCUGAGCUGGCCCAUGCCAAUAGACGAGUUGAACAACAUGAGAGUGAGGUUAAGAAACUGCGACUACGAGUCGAGGAGCUCAAAAAGGAAUUGGCACAGGCUGAAGAUGAGCUGGAUGAGGCUCAUAACCAAACAAGAAAGCUCCAGAGGUCACUGGAUGAACAAACAGAGCAGUCAGAAAAUUUGCAAGUGCAGCUUGAACACUUGCAGUCCAGGUUACGUCGGCAGCAGAAUCCCUCACUUUUUGGUAAGAUGCGCAGCUCACGUUUUGGAACAGAAGAUCCCAGUGAACCAAGCAGUGAUCUGGAUGAGGAGGAAGGCGAAUUGCAGAUUCAGAUUCCCUAGCAGGAGCAAGAAUGCUCAUCAACUUUUUUUAGCCACAAGAUCACUAUAAUAACAUCCUUGAAUUACAUGCCCCCUGAGUGCUGGGCAGAAUGGCCUCAUUUUUCUGUAAUACAGAUCUGCACAUCUCCUAAUGCACUGCCCUUCAUUAGUCCUAAUGUUGAUGCCACUGAGUGUUUCAGCAUGUCUGGUUUUGUUUCUACCUGGGUAGAGCCUAACAGAUAUUUUAUGAAAAUCCUCUACAGCAGGUAGGACUACAAUUGUAGAGGCAUAUAUUUAGUUCAAAUUUGGUUUAAUACAGACAUUUUAUUUUGUGUCAUCACAUCAAGUGUUUUUAAUAUAAGCAGUGUUAAGAUGACUGAACCUGUCUGUGAAGGGCAAAGGCAGUUUGACAUCACCAGUGUUGGAUAUAUGGUCUACCCCUGGAUCAGCAAGAUCUGAUGAGCUGUGUACAAGUUCUCUGUACAGGUUUUACUUUCUUUUUCUUUUGACAUCAUCAAAGAUGAUCCCACAAGUGAAGAGAAUCCCAAACACAUGGCAAAUAGAGACUCCAGCACUCAGUCUAGGACUUUGGGUACAUGCCGAAUUCAUUGGGACUACAUGAAACACUGUAAACAUGACAUUCAGUGUUUUACUUGCAAUUUUUAUGAUCAUAUGUUGUAUUUAUAAAGAGCAUUGUAGAGGAACUGUCAUUGUAAUGUUUAGAGUUGUCUAUAUUUAACAGUGUUUUACUACAUUUUAUAUACUUACUUCUAUAAAUAUUUUUAUAGUAGCCAUUUACAUUGGACAUUUUGUGCAAUCCCAUGAUUUCUUGCUUUUUUGCAAUCCUAGUUUCUAGGUUCUCAAGACUUCUUAAAAUGACUUUUUUUUUACGUGCUGGUCCUGAAUUGACAGCUUAAGCAUAUAGUAGAGAAAAAUUACAGCAAACUACAGGUGUUAGCAUUUUAAUGUAAAAAAAUGCUUCUGGGUGGACUAAUGGGAUGGUUACCAGUUUGUCAAUAUUUGACUUAAUGCCCUUUAGUCAAUUUUCUCUGGUCUGUAAGAUGGCAAAUCUCACCAUGAAAGGUCCUUUUGGGGACUGUUUUCAAAAGCAAAUUGAUUUAUUGUUCUGAAGUUGCAAAGCUCGCUUUAAAAAGGCAAUCUCUAGUCACUGCCAGAGAGCAGAGGAAAGCAAGAAUUGAAAUGGCUAUGCAAGCAGUGCUAAGAUGUCCAGCAGAUCUUUAUAUUGCUUUACCAUCUCACUCCUCUUGUCCUGUGUUUAUUUUAAUAUAGUAAUUAUGUCUGAUUCAUUUUAACAUUUUAUAUAUAUAUAUAUAUAUAUAUAUAUAUAUAUAUAAUAUGUAUAUUUCAUAUCAGCAAAUUAUAAAGUGCUGCCAAGUGUGUGUGUAUUCUAUUUAGACACAGUGAUAUACACACACACAUUUCUUCUUAUUAUUUCUCCUUUGGACAUUUGGGCUGAGGUUAUGUUUUGCAAUAAAUCUUUGGCUUCCCUUGUGCGUGAAUAACUCAUAAGAGGCAGUCCAAAAAUGAAAAACUUUACAUAUUUGCAUAUCUUGCCUAGAGCUGGCUAGCAGGUAUGGGGCUAUCAAACUGGGGGGAAAGGGGCUUUGUCACUUAUAAUUUGUGACUUAUUUAUGAGAAUCUGCUUUGCAUGUGCACAGACUAACCAGUUUAUCUUUUCAUGUGCUUAAUUUAUUUAUUUAUGCUUUUGCUUGAAUAUUCAGUAGUGUUAUUGUCUUGUUUCUAUAAAGGCUAACAAUUUUGCAUUCUGUAUUUUUUCUGUGGAAGUAGUCUGCAAGGCACUGGUAGACUUAUAAUUUCAGGGGUCUCCUAAGCUUAUCAUUUCCACUAUUUUCUUCUGCUGUCUUAAAUUGUGUGUACUGUUUAUGGGUUUUAACUCCUUGCAGCCAGCAAAAUUAAACUUACUGUACGUAGUCCAGAAUAAUGUGUUCACUUGUGUAGAUAAAGAAGCAAUACUGUGAGGGAAAAUUGAAAUUUUCAAAGCA